AGGUGAUGAAAGCUGAAGCACAGUCACCGCUGAGUGAGAUCCAGGGAAGUGUCAGGACCGAGCCAUGACAUACCAGAUUGCAGAGCUCGCGGCGCCAUCUGUUUGGUGUGAAAACGCAGUUUUGGACAGUGAAAGGAUACAUCUGGUCAGCAACAGUUGUCCAACCUGCUGUUUUCCAUCCACCUGCAUCUGUGCUUUUCAGACCCAAUGUUGCCACGGGAAGAACGAGACAAACUGACACGCAGGAGUCCAUGACUGAGUGAAGGACGAGAGAAAGAGAGACGGAGCACUGGGGGGACAAGAAUCUUAUUCUGAAUCAUUCUUGAGUAAUAGAUAUUUCAACAGAACUCCGUGGCCAGACAGUUGCCAUGUCGACCUCAUCGCUACGGCGACAAGUAAAGAACAUCGUCCACAACUAUUCAGAAGCGGAAAUCAAGGUUAGAGAGGCAACGUCCAACGACCCAUGGGGUCCCAGCAGUUCUCUUAUGUCAGAGAUUGCAGAUCUGACCUACAACGUUGUGGCCUUCUCAGAAAUCAUGAGCAUGGUGUGGAAGCGACUCAAUGACCAUGGAAAGAACUGGAGACAUGUGUACAAGGCUAUGACUCUUAUGGAGUACCUGAUUAAGACGGGAUCAGAACGUGUUGCACAACAGUGUCGAGAGAACAUCUACGCAGUCCAAACCCUCAAGGAUUUCCAGUACAUAGACAGAGAUGGCAAAGAUCAGGGUUUGAAUGUUCGAGAGAAAGCUAAACAGCUGGUGACGUUGUUGAAAGAUGAAGAAAAGCUAAGAGAGGAGAGGAUCCAUGCUCUCAAAACCAAAGAGAAAAUGGCACAGACCACCAGUGCCUCCUCAGCCCCAUCGGCGCCCAGCAUGGGGGGCAGCCUAUCACUGGGCUCACAUUCUUUAGGGGCGGACCCUGAUCAGGCGUGGCCACAGAGCUCCGGAGAGGAAGACCUGCAGCUUCAGCUGGCUUUGGCCAUGAGUAAAGAAGAGGCAGAGCAGAAUAGCGCGGACCCUCUGGAGGAUGCAGAGCUUCGCUAUGCAAUCACACUCAGCCAAGAGCUGCACCAAAAGGAGGAGCGGCUGCGCAGAGGUGACGAUCUGAGACUGCAGAUGGCCAUCGAGGAGAGCAAGAGGGAGAAACCCAAAGCAGAGGAGAGCGCUCUGAUGGAGCUGAGUGCUGCGGACCCCUGGGGGGCCCCUGCCACCGUUACUGUGAGCUCCGCCGGCCCCUCACCUCCACUCACAGUUCCUGGCCCCGCGUCCUCCGAGCCGUGGGGUGCAGCGCCCACAGACCCAUGGGGGGUAGCGUCGCCCACAUCCCCGACAAGCUCCGAUCCCUGGGGAGGCGGAGCCCCGCCCACUAUAGCCCCUCCUCCCGACCCCUGGGGAGAGACUUCAAACAAAGUCAACAACGUGGACCCCUGGGGAGACUCAGCUGUGACCCCCCCCAGUGCUGACCCCUGGGGCUCCCCAGUGCCACCCAGCACGUCCUCCUCGGGGGGACCGGUAGAUCCUUGGGCAGGGGAGGGGUCCAUCCCUGCCUCUGACCCUGUCUCCUCCGACAUCUGGAGUGGCACCGCCAAACAUACUAACGGCACAGGAGAUCCAGAGAGGCGAGGGUCUUCAGCAGCAAGGGUUGACAGCAUGGGCUCACCGGUGCCCUUUGACCUGUCGUCUCUCGGUUCUUCGCUUCCCAUUCGGAAAACUCCCGAGUCCUUCCUCGGCCCCAACGCAGCACUCGUUGACCUCGAUUCCCUGGUGUCGUCGAAACCCAAACCCAAGCAGCAGCCGCCUCCUUCCAUCUCUUCCUCUUCAACAAACAACCCCUUCCUUCAGAACACAGGCUCGUCUCCUGCUCCUGGCAUGGCCGUGACUCCAGGCAGUACAAUUUCCAGCAGGGGGGUUUCUCCGACACCUGCGUCCUCCAACCCUUUCGGCGUGGCCCCUGCCAUGAGCUCCAUCUCACCUCAGCCAUCAUCUUUAGGCCUGAGUGGCCUGCGCUCCAGUCCUGUGCCUCCUAACCCCAUGCUGGGCAUGGUUCAACCAGGAAUGGGCAUGGGGCCGAUGAGCGUGGGAAUGGGGGCUCCUGGAAUGGGCCUGGGCAUGACGCAGGCCAGCCCCAUGGGAAUGCCCUUCAGCAGGCUCUCCCCAAUGGGACCCCCAGGCUCCACUUUUAUGGGACCAGGAGGCAUGCCGCCCCCUCAGCAGAUUUUGAGUGGGCCCACAGGAGCAGGAGGAAUGAUGGGGGCGGGAGGAUCAAUGGGAGGCGGAGGAACGGCGGGCGCGAGCACCAAUCCGUUUCUUCUUUGAGGAAACGUCGCCUGUUCUGCUCACCUUUCUGCCUCCUCUGUUGUACCUGCUCACCCCGUCGUCCCAUCGCAAGCUGUGCCCAUGAAAAAUGUCUGCAUCUUUAUAUUUAAAGAAAAAAAACAUUUUCCUUCAAAAGCAUUAUUUCAUUUCAAAAUACGUUUCCACUUUUACUUCCUGUCAUUUCAGUUUUAGAUCAUUUUGGGCGUUGAAUAUUUAUUUAGUUUCUGUCUCCUGUUCUGUGUUGUACUUCUUUUUGUUUCUGCUCCGUCCUGUCGUGAGGUAAACGUCAGUCGGUGGACUUUUCAGACGUGUCACUCUGCUUCUAAAACUGCUGCACAGAGAGCCGGUGGGAGAGGUCGCAAAGCCACUAACAAACUGAUUAGAGGAACUGUUGUACCUGCCUCCUCUUCCUCCCUCUAACAUGAAGAUGUACACUGAGUCACUAAAAUGGAAGCAUGAAGGAUCAGUUCUUUGUUUUUAAAGACUCCAGACGAAGACGCAGGCCGAAAAACCUGCAUUAACAUUUCAGGCACAAUGUGAUCAAAACAUCUCGGAUGUUUCACUUUUAAUUUAUUUUAAUGUUAAGUAUAAUUUAUUAUUUUUUUUUCCCAAUACUUUGGGAACAAAUAAGAACGUUCAUGCAGCGAUGCCAUUUAAAUCAAAAGCAUUUUUUUUUUUUCCUGACAGUUGUUGUAAAGUUUCAGAGGUUUAUUUGUGGUCCGAUGUGGGGGAGAACUGUUGAAUGUGUGUGAUUGAGAACACAAAUGCUUAUUUAUGAGCGUGCAGAUGCCCGUUUGUGUUCACGUUCCGGUCCUCAUCGGGUUUUUCUGUGUCCGAUCUCAGCAACUCUGGAAGAAAUGGCAUCCAUUACUUUUGUGAAAACUGCUGUAAUUUCACACGCAGAGUAUUAUAAGGGUUACAUGAUUUUGUGCUAAUUUGUCUUCUCUUUGUUAAUCAGAAGCGAUUUUUAUUCUUUCACAUGUUUCAGGUGUCCCAGGGCAUCAUUGUCCUCAUGUUUCAUCCCCGCCCCCUAAAGAGAAGGGGCGGGGCUACUGAUGUUUCUUUAAAAAGAGACAUUUCAAUGAAUGAAAUGAGAAAAAAAAAAAAACUGACUUGAAAACAUGCUCCAUGCUUUUAGUUUAAUGAAUUUAUUUUAUAUCAAGAAAAAAAAAAAAUCUUUUAUUGGGUAAGGUUGAAUUUUGUGUGUUAACUGUGAAAACUCACAUUUGAAAAAAAAAAAAAAUCUAAAGAAAUUUAUGGAAUAAAACAAACAC